CCAACGGCGGCGGCCACUUCUGCGCCGCAUCCGGAGGGGCGGCCGCCAUUGUGCUUCGGUCGCCGAGCGGCUCCGCUUCCGCGGCCUGAGAGCGGGCGCGGCGAAGGGAGGCGGCGGCGGCGGCGGUGUGGCUGCGGGGAGGCCGACGCGCCCUGCGGAGCGCCAGCUGGAAGAGGGAAACCUUAAGAAUGGAGUCUAAACCUUCCAGGAUCCCGAGAAGAAUUUCUGUUCAACCCUCUGGCUCAUUAAGUGCUAGGAUGGUGUCUGGAAGCAGAGGAACUAGUUUAAAUGAUUCUUACCAUUCUAGAGACUCUUCCUUUAGACUGGAUUCUGAAUAUCAGUCUGCAUCAGCGUCAGCAUCUGCAUCGCCCUUCCAGUCUACAUGGUACAGUGAAUCUGAGAUAACUCAGGGCGCGCGAGCAAGAUCACAAAACCAGCAACGGGAUCACGACUCAAAAAGACCUAAACUUUCUUGUACAAAUUGUACAUCUACCUCAGCUGGGAGAAAUAUUGGAAGCGGUUUAAAUACAGUAUCAGAUUCUUCUUGGAGGCGUAGUCAGGUUCCCAGAUCUUCAUCAAUGGUACUUGGUUCAUUUGGAACAGACUUGAUGAGAGAAAGGAGAGAUUUGGAGAGGAGGACAGAUUCCUCCAUUAGCAGUCUUAUGGAUUAUAAUCACCGAAGUGGUGAUUUCACAACUCCAUCAUAUGUUCAAGAAAGAGUUCCUUCUUCAUAUUCACAGGGAGCAAGACCAAAAGAGAAUUCAGUGAGCACUUUGCAGUUGAAUUCCUCAUCCACCAAUCACCAACUGCCUUCUGAACGUCAGACAGCAUCAAGUUCUAGGGACUCUAGCAGAAGUUCUUUCAGAUCACAUUUUUCUCCAAGACCGUCGGAAUCUUUUCGCAGUAGUUCUCACCCCGCAUUUUCAUAUCUUUCAAGUAGAGAUGAAGCCCCGACUGUAAGCAGUUCAGAAAGGGUGGGCUCAUCUCGGAGACCGUUUCAAGAAUCCUCUGACAACGAAGGUAGGCGUACAACUAGGAGGUUGCUGUCACGGAUAGCUUCUAGCAUGUCAUCUACUUUUUUUUCAAGAAGAUCUAGUCAAGAUUCCUUGAAUACAAGAUCACUGAGUUCUGAAAAUUAUAUUUCCCCAAGAACCUUGACUUCACAGUCUCGGAAUAGUGGAACAUCAUCUUCUGAAGUCAAUGAUGGCAGGGCAUCUGAAGCUUCUCAGGGAUUUAGAUUUCUUAGGCGCAGAUGGGGUUUGUCAUCUCUUAGCCAAAAUCAUAGCUCUGAACCAGAUGCAGAAAAUUUUAAUCACGAAUCAGAAGGUAGAAAUACAGGACCGUGGCUGUCUUCCUCAUUUCGAAAUAGAUGCACCCCUUUGUUCUCUAGAAGAAGACGAGAGGGAAGAGAUGGAUCUUCAAGAGUAUCUAUGUCAGAUGUACCACCUAGGUCUCAUAUUUUUACAAGAGAAUCAAAUGAAGUAGUUCACCUUGAAGCACAGAGUGACCCUCUUGGGGCUGCUACCAACAGACCACAAGCAUCUGGAGCAUCAGGCAGUGCCUCUGCAGGUGCCUCCACACCAGAUUUGCCUCAGGGUGGAAGAAAUACAGGAAUCGCAGGGAUUCUUCCUGGUUCCUUAUUCCGGUUUGCAGUCCCGCCAGCACUUGGAAGCAAUCUGACUGACAAUGUCAUGAUUACUGUAGAUAUUAUUCCUUCAGGAUGGAAUUCAGCUGAUGGGAAAAGUGAUAAAACUAAAACUGCACCUUCGAGAGACCCAGAAAAACUGCAGAAAAUAAAAGAAAGCCUUCUCCUGGAGGACUCUGAAGAAGAAGAAGGGGACUUAUGUAGAAUUUGUCAGAUGGCAGCUGCAUCGUCCUCCAACCUACUGAUAGAGCCAUGCAAAUGCACGGGGAGUCUGCAGUAUGUCCAUCAGGACUGCAUGAAAAAGUGGCUGCAGGCCAAAAUUAACUCUGGUUCUUCACUAGAGGCUGUAACCACCUGCGAACUCUGUAAAGAGAAGUUGCAACUUAACCUGGAGGAUUUUGAUAUCCAUGAACUACAUAGAGCUCAUGCAAAUGAACAAGCUGAAUAUGAGUUUAUCAGCUCUGGUCUCUACCUAGUUGUCUUACUGCACUUGUGUGAACAAAGCUUCUCUGAUAUGAUGGGAAAUACAAUUGAACCAAGCACUCGUGUUCGAUUUAUUAACCUUGCAAGAACUCUUCAGGCACAUAUGGAAGAUCUCGAAACGGUAAUAAGCCAGAUUCUACUCAGCUUCAGAGGAUGAUUCUGAAGAAGAUGGAGACCAUAGCAGAACAUUUGAUAUUGCCUAACUUCAUUUAAGACAAAUGGAUGAUCUGUGAACAUGUUUAUUAAAACUGGCAAUUAAGUAUGAAUAAUUUUGUGAGGGAAUGCCUAUUAGAUAAAUUGACUAUAUAUAAAAAUGAAUAUAUAUACAUACAUGUAUAAAUGUAAAUAUAUAUUCAUUCUCAAGUGUUGCUGAAUUGAAAUUCUUCAGCUGGACCUUUUAACACUGGCCAGCAACUCUUAUGUUUAUAAUAUGUAAUCAAAAACAGUUUUUCUUUCCGGUGAGUGGGAAAGCAUUAUUACCCUUGUUUUAAAUACCUAAGCAAUGCUCAUCAACUUUUUUCUGUGUUACGAUUACUGUAGUCAUAUUUAUGGGAAAAAAAAUGUUUGUGUAUUAGUCUCUUGCUAGUGAAAAAAGUCAGAUAAAAUGUACUUUUGAAAUAAAAUGCCAAUGGCACCUAAUUAGUUUUCCUUUUUAAAUGCCUUAAGUUACAGCCACAUUUUGAUAAUCAUUUACUUCCAGUGUUUAAUUUUUUUUUUUUUUAAAGAAUGGGAAGUUUGAAGAGCAUUAUUAUUAGGUUUCCAAAUUUAAUUUGAAUUCUAAAUUCACUUAGCAAUAAAACCUAAUUUUUAAGAAAAAAGUAUGUAAAAGAUGUAGAAAUGAUGGAUAAUUUUUGUAUUGAUUUGCAAAAAUGCAGACUAUAUUUGAUAGGCCAUGGUAUGUAGGUAUUCCUUUCAGGAAUAUUACAGCUGUUAAUUAUAUCAAUUGCCAGUCAAAUGAUAUUUGGUUAAAAUUAUUGAAAAUCUCAAGUUAACAGAUUAUUUUUUUAAAGCCCACAUUCAAAGUUUAGAACACUGGUUUUCAAUGUGUUUUUUAGUGUUGUCACUUUAUAUAGAAAUACAAAUAACCUAUUUGGAUCCUGGUCAUUUUUAGCUGUUCCUUGGUAAUUCUGAGCAUUUAUUUGAUGAUUGUUAAUAUUUUUCACUACCUUUGCAAAACAGAUGAAUUACUCAACAUGAAUGAGUUUGCACUAUGGUCAUAAGUUGUGUAAACUUCCAUAACUGUUUCCACUGUCAACGCCCUUACGAUAUACAUUUACACUUUCAGGUGGUUUCAGAUUAGUCCAAUGUUGUGGCAACAAACAAUUUUUGCAAAACCUAAAUAGAAACCAUGUAAUUUCUCAAAUGUGAAUGAACAGUUUGCCUACACUUAUCUUAGUUUGUUGGUCUUAAUGUAAAAUCUUGGCUUGAAAUAAAGUGAUACUGAUUGAUUUA